AUGUCGCGUCUCGGGAAGCUGGUGAAGACGGGCGCCGAGCUGGUCCCUCGACAGAUGACCGCCGUCAAAUCGGCGAACAAGGAGCAGGCACGCCUCUCCGUGCUUCAGGUCUACAAAGAAUUGCAACGGCUGACCCCGAGCUUUUGGUGGGACUUCGAGAUGACCGAUAUGCCGCUUCCGGUCUUCCGCGCCGCGCUCAAGCAGCAGUUUAUGAAGAAUGCCGACAUCCAGGAUGUGCGUAUCGUGGAUCGGCUCGUCGGCGAGGCCCACCAGCACAUUUACUCCAUCCGCUACGCGUUCUACAACCCCGACCACGUGCGCAACUUCUUGUUCCGCGAGAACGUCGAGCCGAAGCCGAAGGACUUCCUCAGCAAAUUCCUCAUCGGCAAAGAU